AUGGCGUCUCGCAGCGUCUACGUCCAUGACACGAUGCAGGAUAUGCUCGAUGCAUACAACGACUAUGGUUGCAUCGGAAUAGCACACAUGAUCCCCGAUCUGGAUCAAGAUUACUCGCCGCAUGUCAGAGUUUCAAGACUUUCGACACCUGUUGUUGUGGAGCAUACUAUGCUUCUCCUGAGCCAGCUGGGCCCCGAUAUUAUCAGGAGCCUCCUGGCCAACACUCUGGUCGAAGAUGUGGUCGCGGGUACUGUCCCCUUACACGACUGGAACAAUAUUCCACGAUUGCGCAAGGCAGUCGACGAGCCCGGUAUCUACGUAAACUACUUUACCAAGAGCGACGGCACUGGUCUUACCGUGAACGAGUACGACGAGUGGGUCGAUAUCAUGUGCGCAAUCCUUCGGGAGCAAUCCUACAAGAAUGAGACCCCUGCUGUCAUGGCACAAAGAGUCAACAACUACUUCAACACCAAUACUACUAGCUCAAAGGUCGUUGACCUGGUGGAAGACGUACUCAACUCCGUGAAACUCAGAUACGAUAAGAGAGGCAGCCCCAUUCACCCUACCAUCGAUCUCAACACCUUCGAGAGCAGUCAGAGAAAGAUUGUCACCUCUGCAAGAAGUCAGAAUGCGACAGAGAUUCGCUUCUUUGGGGAGGUCGGAUGGGCUAUCAAUGUCGACGACCGGGUCAAGACACACGCAAACCUUCAGGGGUCGGCAGGCAUGUUCCGCCUGGCCAUGUGUGUCAUUGGGGCUUACUUUCCUACCUACAAGUUCAGGAUGACCUCCUACUGCCUAUUCCGUGUUGCUGCUUGGAUGCAUGCUGAGAUGGGAGAGACCCUUGGAUCGCAUUUGGUUAGCAGCUACGGAAAGUACGGUGGUUUCAACUUCACUACCGCCGGUAUCUCUGUUGAGAGUUCUUCGCGAACGGACGUCCUGUUCUGGAGGGCUAUCUGCAUUCAGUACGAAGACAUGAUCAAGUACUCCGAUGCGCAGGUCGCGCGCGAGGUUGACGACCUCCGUAAGAGGAACAAGCAACAAGAGGUAAGCAAGCAAUCCUAUUUUGCGCAUGCUCUCAGCUCUACUGUCUCAUCUAUGAGCCACCAUGAGCUGGUGGGCCCUCGUCGUCGUCAGGGGCAAUGCGAUACUCGUAUACCUCGAUAUGAUACAGAUGACAAUGCUGACUGGUUUCAGGAUGAACUCGAGCUGAUUCGAGCAUACAAGAAGCUCGAAAUCGAGGGAGCAGAGCUCGAUAACCUGGUCCACAAGCUCGAUGCCGACAGAGAGCUCGAGACCAUCACUCGUAGGACCGGCCGCAAGUUUGAAGCUCUCAAGGCGACGGUCGAGUCAAAGGAGAGAGAAGCUACUAAGUGUCAGGCGCAGCUUAACUCCUUCGCCACCAACCUCAACUUGAAGCCAAUCUCCAGUACUCAAGCUACCCCUUACAUCGAGCGUGGCCCCACUAGCAGUGCUCUGCACUCUACACAGGCUACUCCUGCCAAUCCAUCGAGACGCUAG